AAUUAAAAGCAUGGGGGCAAGGAGGCUGAAGAGAGAUCUUGAAGUUCUUCUUGGGGACUACAUUGGUCAGAGGAUUCGAGAGAAGUCAUUUGAUCCAAAGGGGAAAGGGACCUGCACGAUGCUGGAUGACCUGGCUCAUUAUGAUCUUGCAAUCAGUGUCGCCCUCUGGUGGCUGAACAGAGAAGAGGGGCGUUAUGUGUUUGACAGAGACAUCCUUGAAGCUGCGGCCAGGGCUCAGUAUCCGAAUCACCUGGAACGAGAAGCCAUGAUCCUGUCAUCGUUCGCGGGAAUGAUUGUGAAUAAGCUGCCAGUUGAAGAAAUUCUGACUCUGUACAAAUGUAAACCUGCUGCUACGUACUCCAGUGAGCAUUCAAAGGCAGCGAUCGUUUACCCCUUCACCUUGUCGUACCAUCCCUUCGCCAUGCUGUCCUCGUACAAGGCCGUGCAUCAUUCCAAGAAGCACAACGACAGGCUGAAGCGCUGGCUCUCGGAGAAGGCCAAAGCCAAUGCUCCUCCAGCUCCAGCCUCAUCCUCCUCAUCCUCAUCUCAGUCUUUCCUCAGUGACACCAGCGAGUCCCACGAGGAAAGAGCUGAGAAUUAUGAAGGUUCACAGGAAUCUCUUCAGGACUGA